AUGGCGGGGGCGGCGGGGCUGGCGGGGGCUAUGGUGGUGGCCGCGGUGGACGAGGAGGGCGUGGAGGUGCCCGUGAAGGCUCAACUCACGAGCGCCUUGGCGCAACUCCGCCACACCUUCGUCGUAGCCGAUGCAACGCUGCCAGAUUGCCCUCUCAUCUAUGCCAGCGAGGGGUUCGUCCACAUGACGGGAUACAGCAUGGAGGAGGUGCUGGGGCACAACUGCCGCUUCCUGCAAGGCGAGGGCACCGACCCCAAGGAUGUGAAGAAGCUGAGGGAUGCCGUGCGCAACGGCACCCCCGUCUGCACCCGACUCCUCAACUACCGCAAGGACGGCACGCCGUUUUGGAACCUGCUGACCAUGACGCCCAUCAAGGAUGAGAUGGGGCGGGUGAUCAAGUUUGUGGGUGUGCAGGUGGAUGUGACCAACAAGACAGAGGGGCGCGCAUACACCGACUCGGCGGGCGUGCCCAUGCUAGUGCACUACGACGACAGGCUGAAGGAGACGGUGGCCAAGCCGAUUGUGGACGACGUGCUGACGGCGGUGCAGGAGGCGGAUGGCAAGGUGCCGGUGCGGCUGUCGCGGGGCAGCCCCUCGCGCGCGCUGCCCCGCGUGGCGCUGGAUCUGGCCACAACCGUGGAGCGCAUCCAGUCGAACUUUGUGAUUGCGGACCCCACGCUGCCCGACUGCCCCAUCGUGUUUGCCUCGGACCCGUUCCUCAAGCUCACAGGGUACCGCAGAGAGGAGGUGCUGGGGCGCAACUGCCGCUUCCUGCAAGGCCGCGACACCGACCGCGCGACGGUGAACGAGCUCAAGGCGGCGAUCCGCGCGGGGCGGGAGUGCACCGUGCGCAUGCUCAACUACACCAAGGCGGGGAAGCCCUUCUGGAACAUGCUGACAGUGGCGCCCAUCAAGGACAUUGAGGAGCGGCCGCGGUUCCUGGUGGGGGUGCAGGUGGAUGUGACGGAGCACGCCACCGCCACGGACGCGGCGCCGGUGGGCGCGCAGGCCGCCAACAUUGUGGGUCAGGCGCUGCAGAACAUGAACUGGGUGGGCGUGGACCCGUGGGCCACCUUCCCCAGCGGGCUGGUGGAGCCCAAGCCGCAUCGCAGGAUGGACCCCGCCGCCGCGGCGCUCAAGGAGGCCGUGCAGCGCGACGGCAAGCUGCGCCUGCGCCACUUUGCGCGCGUCAGGCAGCUGGGCAGCGGCGACGUGGGCAUGGUGGACCUGGUGCAGCUGGUGGGAGGGGAGCACCGCUUUGCGCUCAAGAGCCUGGAGAAGCGGGAGAUGCUGGAGCGCAACAAGGUGGGGCGCGUGCGCACCGAGGAGUCCAUACUGUCCAAGGUGGACCACCCCUUCCUGGCCACGCUCUACGGCACGCUGCAGACGGACACCCACCUCCACUUCCUGCUGGAGUUCUGCUCUGGCGGCGAGCUGUACGCCCUGCUCAACGCGCAGCCCAACAAGCGGCUCAAGGAGGAUGCGGUCAAGUUCUAUGCGAGCGAGGUGCUGCUGGCGCUGCAGUACCUGCACCUCCAGGGCUUUGUGUACAGAGACCUGAAGCCCGAGAACAUCCUGCUGCACGGCAGCGGCCACGUCAUGCUCACCGACUUUGACCUGUCCUACUGCCAGGGCAGCUCCUCGCCCUCCCUGCUGGUGCUGCCCGCCGACCACCCGUCAGUGGCGCCCGCGGGCGGCGCCGCCGCGGCCAGGCCCGAGGGCCGCGAGUCGCGGCGCGGCAGCAAGGACUCGGCGCGCGUCAGCAAGGACGGCGGGCGGCGGCCGCUGGCGCUGGCCUCGGGCCAGCACGUGCUGCUGGUGGCGCAGCCCGACGGGCGCGCCAACUCGUUUGUGGGGACGGAGGAGUAUCUGGCGCCAGAGGUCAUCACAGGCUCCGGCCACACCAGCAUGGUGGACUGGUGGUCCUUUGGCAUCCUCAUUUAUGAGCUGCUGUACGGCACCACACCCUUCAGGGGCUCCCGCCGCGACGCCACCUUUGAGAAUGUGCUGAAGAAGCCGCUGGCCUUCCCCGACUCGGUGCCCGUGUCUGCCGAGUGCAAGGACCUCAUCACGCAGCUGCUGGCCAAGGAGGCGAGCAAGCGGGUGGGGUCGCGUGCCGGCGCGGACGAGAUCAAGCGCCACGCCUGGUUUGCGGGCCUCAACUGGGCGCUGGUGCGCAACCAGAAGCCGCCCUUUGUGACGCCGCGCAAAACCAGCACCUCGUCUGACGUCCCCAACUCCCCCAUGUCUGACAACGCCUUCCGAGGCAAGUCUGCGGAGUCGCCGCUGCCGGCCGCCGCCGCGGCGGUGCUGGACGCGCAGCUGCACCACAAAGCCAAGUCGGAGGCGGCGGCGGCGCCCGCGGGCCCGGGCCACAUCGACGGCUUCUGA